ACUACACCGACUACAGCAAGGAGUGUACUGUUACUGUACAGUACAGUACUAGUCACCACACAUAAGUCUGGUCUGAACAGACUGGAAGCUGGAAGAAUAAGGAGAGUAAUUAUGUACUAUGUAGACUGUAGAGAUCAGCUCUGAUACCGAAUGUCGACUGUCGACUCCUAUAGUAUCUCUACUCUCCUUAUGGAACUAUGGCAGAAUAAGUGGACGAGACCGAAGACGAAGACAGACACAUCAAGAAAUCUGAGAAAUCUACUAGAGAAGUACCAUGAUGAACGGCUACAACUAUGUAUGGCUCACCAAACCCGCAGAUGAUAGGGCCUCAGAGGAACAUAUGUAGCGCCUUCCGACGUAAACCUUGGCCAGCUCUUCCAAGCCCUUCAGCUGCAGGACCAGCAGGGAGCCCAAUUGGUGGCGAACGCAGCGCAGCAGCAGGUCCAGCAGCUGAGUCAACAGAUGCCCCAGGGCGGCAACAACACCACGAUGAGCGGCUCCGGCGGCUAUAAAAAUAGCUCACCAAAACCGCAGAACAUAUGGCUGCAGAUCAUAUGGCCGCAGAAGGGCAUAGCGCCUCCCGACGUUAAGCUUGGCCAGCUCUUCCAACCCCUUCAGCUGCAGGACCAGCAGGGAGCCCAAUUGGACAACGCAGCGCAGCAGCAGCCCGACGGUGGCCAACAAGUGGUGGAGCCCCCCGCCCAGUCACCAGCCCAGGCGCAGCAGCAGCAGCCCGGAGUGCAGCCAAGCGGCUUGCAGCCCAAUUCCAAUGUGCUCAUGCUUGACUCUUAGACUCUACUUGACCAUAUUGAAAAUCUAUGGGCUCAGUUGAUAAAUUUGAACCUUUAUCAAGCCAACGGCGAUAACCGGGCGCAGAAUCAACAGGAGUACUCCGGCCCUCUUCAUCAUCACUGUAAUACAUAAGAAUGUUCUGAACCACAUGCCCACCUGCCUUAAAACGGUUAACAACAUUUGUUUGGUGGCUUCUUCCAUGGAUGUUUUGCAUAUUAUGUCCACAGUAAUAUAAUUGUACUGUAAACGUUAAAAUUACUAUCCUGUAGAACUGAUGUAAUUACACAGGUGUAAACGUGCAAUACCAUAAAUAAAUUUGCAAAACCUUAUUUUUCUAAAAUUUUUGUGACCACUCAAGGUUGCGUUCGUAUUGAAAAUAAAUUAAACGAGAUGUGACAUUA